CCUCCCAACGUUUUCCUCCGUUUCCUCCCAUCCCUCCGGCGGCCAGAGAAGAGAGGGGAGCGGCUGGCAUCUCGCACCAUGGCCUGCCUCACGAUUUAUUCCACCUCGGUGACUGGCUCCAGGGAGAUCAAGUCCCAGCAGAGUGAAGUGACCAGGAUCUUGGAUGGAAAGCAGAUCAAAUAUAACCUGGUGGAUAUCUCCCAGGAUAAUGCCCUCCGGGAAGAAAUGAGGGCCAAAUCAGGCAACCCAAAAGCCAUCCCUCCCCAGAUUUUCAAUGGGGACCACUACUGUGGGGACUACGAACUGUUUGUGGAAGCAGUGGAACAGAAAGCCCUGCUGGAAUUCCUGAAGUUAGCUUGAGCGUGUUUCCUCCUCCUCGACCCCAUUUCUUCCCUGCACCCCAAACCCUGCCACCCCUGGACUUUGAAUUCUGCAUUCCAAAUGGAUCGCCACCUAACUGCCUAAGUGCUUGUCAUCCCUUCCCAGCCCUGUGCGACCAAACCUCUUUCCAGCUGCCUCCGUGUCUUGUUACUUGCGUCCCUCUCACUGUGCUCUUCAGAGACUUUGCACAUUCCUUUGAAUGCAGCUGGGCCUUGCUGAUCGGGCCUCUGUGGAUGGAGAACUCUUCCCAAUGUCCUUGGCUGGAGGUGGAGCUGUCCCGUCUUUUCUUGAGCUAACCUGCCCUUGGAAAGAAAAGGGCGGGCUUUCUUACCACCAGCUGCCCUUCAGUUUGGCUUCUGCACUUCUUUCAUUCCGUCCCAGGAAGCAAGAGCAGCAGAUGUCUGCUUUAAUGAGAAUAGUUUUUCUUACAGCAAUGCAAAAGCACUGCACAAUAUUGUUUGCCGAAAUUCCCGUCUCUGUCAGAGAGGUGGGUGCACAUGUAUACCUUAAAACUACUUCAGUGCAGCUCAGGCCCUCUUAGAAAAGGGAUUUCCAAGAGGAUGGUGAGAGCAGAUCUUGUAUUCCAUUAGUGCAUUCCCACCCCAAUAUGGCAGUGGGAAAACUCCCCCUCCUUCCUCACGGCGGGGGAGCACACACAUGAUCUGAAAUCUAUUCUUGCAGGCUGUUCCAGGCUUUCCUUUUUGGAACCAGCUUUUUGCAAUAUGGACCAAGUGCAUUUUCAUUUUUUUCCUUGCUGAAAGCAGUUUGUAAAUGGCCAUGUCUUCUGAGAUGCUAUUAAAUUUGCUAAAAACCUCA